ACUGGUGCGCGAGUGGGUGUCCGUGGGGGAACCCGUGAAGCAGGAAUGUUUUGUGGUGUGUGUGCGCGCGUGCACAUAUUCGGCAGCCGCGGGGUCCUGCGCAGUGCGCCGCCAUCUUCCCUGUCACCGGGGUCGGGGUGACCUAAGCGAUGCCGGACAAGGAUGUGUACCCGGAGCCCCCGAGCCGCACCCCGGCUCAUAAUAGUCAGAGCAACCCCCUGGAUCCCGUCCCGAUAUUGAUCAGCGUCUUCAACUAUGUGGUGGACAGCCCGGUCACAGCCUUCCAUGAUUGGAUGGAACGCCAGCGAGCAAAUAGAAAGAUUUACUACUAUCAUCAAGAGUUCCGUCGUGUUCCCGACCUGUCCCAGUGUCUAGAAGACGACCAUUUGUGCCAGUUUGAAGCAGAUGCGCAGUGGAGAAGGGAUUUCCUCGUUGAUAAGGAAAUAAUCAAUAUAAUUCGGGAUCGAUUUACAGCGUGCAGAGCUAGGGAAGGACCCAGCGCUGAUCAGAACUGUGCCGAGCUGAAGGAGCAGUACGCCCAGGUCUGCAAGGGGUAUCAGGCCAGAUAUCAGGACCUCGGAUAUUUUGGCACCGCUAGGAAAUGCCUCAUGAAGCAGAAGGAAAGGCUGAUGCAGGAGAGGAAAGCUGCCGCUCAGGCACAGGACUAAAUGGACGGAGUAUUCCCAGCCCUUAUACAUUCUCAUGUUACGUCUCUUGUGUGUCAGGAUGGAACACUUAGAACUUAACAGUGUAAUAAAAAUUAUCUGUGUAUCAA